AUGUCGCCGUCUUGUUGGUUCAAUAAUUCUUUGGUCGUCUUUAAGUCAUCGUCGUUGUUGUUGUUGUCAUUGUCGCUUCAGCUACAUCAGCUGUUGGCCACGACGGCGACGCGCUACAACGCCGGCGGUCUAGCAGCCGCGUUACACGACGAGGGAGAGAGGUGCUCGCGGUCGGCCGAACUGUGGCCGUGCCUUACCAAGGGAGGUGCAAAGGUCGUGGCCGCCAUGGCAGCGUAUCCGGGCGAGAUACCGCUGAUGGGCCAGUAUUUGACCGUGGUGCCAGAUGGCCGUGCGAGGACCGCAGGCGACUUUCGUGACGAGGGGCGAGCGGCCGCGAACAAAAACGGCACUUCGUCAUCGUCGUCGUGGCCGUCCACGUCGGUGUACUCGAAGAUAGCGGAAUUCAUGGAGAAGAGGUCGCUGCGGUUGUCCGUUCCCAUGGACGCCGUCGCGUGGCUGAUCGGAGUGACGACGUCGGCGCCCGUCGCCAGGGAAGAGGGCCGGAAGAAGGACAAGGGCGCGGGCGUGCUCAUGUUGGGCGGCAUGAUGAUGAUCACUACGCUCAUGUCCACCGCGUUCGGAGCGCUGGCGCUGAUGGCCGCCAAGGGACUGUUGACCAGCAUACUUGCCCUGAUGCUGUCGGCGAUGGCAGUGUCGAAGAAGUCGGGUGGCCACGGCCACGCCAGGACCACGUACGAAGUCAUCAACAACCCAGGGCCACAUCAGGCGUACCAACAUGUGUCCGAUUACAAAUUGGAAAACGGUGCAGCCGUAGUAUCUGACAUCAAUGCAGGUCAAUACAAUGCAGCUCAAACGGAACCUAUUCAAUAUGGCAACCAGCAAUAUGAUUAA